UAAUGUGUAUUCAAGUUUUAGAGUUUAGCAAUUUUCUUUCGGAUUUGUCAUUUCUCUAGCGGAUCUAUUCCCUGGGUUGAUAAAGUUUAUAAGUAUGUAUAGUUUAGCUAUAGUAAGAAGUAUGGAUAAUAUUGGUACAGUUAAAGAAGAUACUGCAUAUUACACUACUAUGCCAGAAAAACUUUUCAAGGUGAUUAUAAUUGGUGAUCCGACUGUUGGUAAAACAUCAUUUGUUCAGCGAUAUGUUCAAAAUACCUAUAAGAAAGAUUAUAAAGGAACAGUGGGAGUGGACUUUGCACUGAAAAUAUUGAAAUGGUCAGACAAUCAAACAAUAAAACUCCAACUAUGGGAUAUAGCAGGCCAAGAAAGGUUCACUUGGAUGACGAGGGUGUACUACAAAGAUUCUCAUGGCUGUGUCAUCAUGUUUGAUUUAACAAAUAAAAAUUCAUUUGUUAAUACGUUGAAGUGGAAACGAGAUGUUGACUCUAAGUGCAGCCUUCCUGAUGGUAGUCCAAUUCCAUGUAUGCUUUUAGCAAAUAAGUGUGAUUUGCCACACCGGCAGGUUGAUCAGAUGCAGAUUGAAACAUUUUACAAGGAACACAAUUUUAUUGGCUGGACUGAAACUUCUGCCAAAGAAGGUCUUAUGGUCACAGACUCCAUGAAGUUUCUUGUAGAUAUAAUGAUGAGACAAGAAGGAAUGCAAGGCAUGGAUUUUGGCUCCGAAAGCUUACAGUUGAGCGGACCGGCCCCUCGAGAACACAAGUCGUGCUUUUGUUAAGCUUAAAAAAUGCAAAUAAAAAAAUUGUUUUUAUAACUGAUAAUACUCUUGCAUAAUGUUUCUUAUGAUGAACAGUGGCAAAUCUGAAAACUAUGUUAAAUAAUUUUAAGAUGUAAUUGUUCAUUAUGUAAUUAAUAGUUCAUUUUCUAAAUAUAUUUUUGCUAGACAGUAAAUUUUUAGAGUAAUUUAAUAUGUCUUUUGAUUGUAUUGUAAUGUUUUUUUAUCAUACACAGUUUUAGUGCAAUGUUUCUUAAAAAAAAUGGUGUGCUUCUAUAACAUCAUAUUUUUGUUUAUAUGUAUUAUGUAAAUAUAUUUGACACUACAUUCAGAGGAAUGAAAAGUAAUAUAACAUAUUGUGAUUGUUAUAAUAACUAAUAAUUUUGUUUUAAUUUUAAUGUUCAGGUUCCCCUAAGAUUUAUCAUAAAAUACUAAUUAUAAUAACAUAGGUUGUAUCUGAAUUGGUAGUGUGUCGGCUGUAAUUAACACUGUUAAUAAUUUUCCAUUCUAUAUUUGCAUGAAUUAUUUGGUGUGUGUAAUGCUUCCCAUUGUUUGGUAAAGUGCACAAGAAACUCAUAAUGUACUUAAGAGUGAUAUAUGAGGUUAGUAUUUCUCAGUUUCUUACUGACCAAUAUCAGAUAGUUCUUAAAUGACCACUUGAGUAUCAUGUCAAGGUCCUCUCCCAGCAUGGCACAAGAGUGGGAGAGGCAGAUACUUAGUUGCCGAAAGUAGUGGCUGACAGGUAAUGUCACAAUCCAAUCUGCAACACAGCUUUUAGUUAUUACUUUUAAACUUUAGGUAAUGUGAAUAAUUUGCAUCAACUGUUACUUGCCAAAUAUGCUCUCAACUUACUACACAGUUAUCUAAGUCUACUCUUGUUACAGAAUAAUAAAAUACAUGGGGACAACAAUGAUAAAAAUAUGGUUAGUUUACAGUUUAGGAUUGUGUGCUGAUUCAGUUUAUUUGAUAAUUGGAAUUUUUAUUUUAUUUAACCCAACUUGCAUGUGUCAAUGUAACUAAACCGUGCCAAAAUUACAAUUAGACCAGUGUUAACUUAAAGUCUGUGUCUUAAAACUUCUUGAAAUUGUGAGAGUUUUGUAGAGAUAAAACCCUAAACUUUGAAUAUGCUGAAACUUAACUAAACCAACAAAACUUCUUGGAAACAAUUAUUUAGCAGAGACGUUUAUGUCAUCAUCGUUAUCUGCUGAAGCAAACUAAGUAGCUAUUAGUGCAAGGACACUAUGCAUGUGGCUGGGUUGUAACUUGAAGAGCAGUUAAAAACACUCGCCAGCUGUUGCUUACCUCUCCAGUCCUUGUGCCAUGUUUUCCAAUUAGAAACCAUGUUAUAUAUAACCAACUGGAUUAACAUAAACUUAAUUUUUUUGUGUUUCUAUUAUUGGUUUCAUUUUUUUAAUCUCUUAACAUUUUAAUUCUUUAGCAAAAAAUAUUUGAAUGUUUUAUUUGUAUCCAUAUGCAACAAUGUAAUUUGUACUUUUGUGUUUAGAUUUUUAUUUUUUUUAUUUUUUAUACAAUUGUUUGUGACCAUUAUAUUUUUUUAGAGUAUAUAUAUAACAUGUUCAUGGCAAUGAUUAAAAUAUCAAACUGUAUUUUCAGUAACGUUAUUGUUUCUGCCUGCUAUGCAUUGUUUUUCUGGUGACCCAAAACUCACAUUUAUGUGGUCUCCCUAGAAAACAAUCUCAGCCUUAUUUGAAGACAUUUGUUUGUUCAAAAUUUUCAAGAAUUAUUACAUAUUCAUUAGAAAAAGUUUUUCAGGGCAAAGAUGCAAGUCAGUUCUUUGUCACAACAAUUACAGUUGUUAUUGUGAAAUAAAUUUUAUUAAAAAAAUAUUCUAAGUCAGUAAAAAUUUUAGUGUAAAGGUUUUUGUUUUUUAUUCUUAGUAUGUCACAAAACUUUUUUCUAUUUUGGAAAAACAGCUGCAUUUUUUGUGAACAUGUUGCUGAAUGAAUUUGAAUAAACGUGCAGUUUUCUGCUGUUGAUU